UCCCAGACAGAACGUGCGCACGAAGGCAAAGGGAAGGAGGAAAAAAACGAGGGUAGGAACGCGAAACUCACCUCAUGUCGACGCCAUGCCGCCAGAAGACGUUCACGGUUGUGUUGAACUGGGAAACGACGAGGACAAACGCGUCGCUACAUUGCUCCUCGGUCGCCUGGCGGCUGCCCCAGAGCUGGAGCACCUCCUGCAGCUGCUUGGUCAGGCCCAGCAGGCGCGAGACCGCGCUGUGCACAUCGGAGGGCGUUGUGGGGCGCGAGGAUGGGCGCGAAGAGCAGGGUGAGUUCAGGGGCUGUGAUGUCAACGAAUGAGCACACGGUGCUGCGGUUGCAAAGGAGGUACGUACAGAGUCGGGCGAGGUGGGACUAGAGCUGCGUUGUGUCUGCCAGGUGCCGGUGUUGGUCGUCUGCACGAAGAUGGACUGGCCGGCUUGGCGGGUCCUGGGCACCUGCGAGUACGAGUGCGAGUGCGAGUACGCAGAGUAGCUCGUCGUCGGUGGGGACUGCAUCGUUCUGGGUCUGGGUGUGGAGGGAAGGGGGCGGAAUGGAAGGAGCAUAAAAGGCACGUUCGAGUGGUGGAGGGGGAUGUAGCGCGUAGCAAUAGCAGAGAGGUACGCGGGGAAGGGAGGGAGGGAGGGAGGGAGAGACUAUAUAAGACGUUCUCGGGCACAAUUGAGGAACUGAGGUGGCGGCUCUGGAGAACGUCGCGCAGAAGAGCACGGGAAGAGACCCGACCGGGCGGGUGUCUAUAUACGUGCACUCCCACUGGGCAGGUCUCAAUCAGACGCGCAGAUACGACCACGCUUCCUCGUCUUGUCUUCGAUUCCACGAGACGCCCGCAGUCCGCACUCUCCAAGCUCCGUCCCCGAUCGGAUCCCUCGCGUGGCGAAUCGGCAAUCUACGCGGCGUGCCGGCUCUCGAUAUGGUUUGGCCCCGGCAGUCCCGCCCGAAUCCCGCUCGUCGCGCUGCUCAGCUACGGCGCAGGGCUCAACAACAUCGACGACUGGCACCCGUCUAGCCACAUCCAGUGCAUUCGCAGAUACAGAGGACUCGCCGCACCUGUAUUAACAACCCUUGCACUAGAGCAUAAUACAGCUUGUAUUGCUUCCGGACUGAACCAUCCCUGCGCCCGAGAAUACGUCUCGCCCAGUGCUCGAUCGGCAGGAUGACUCAAAGCCACCGGCUGCGCUCGCAGUAGUUUUGACUCGCCAUGGAAGGCUCGCUCCAUGCGCCACGCCCGACCUGCCUAUUAGAUCGUUGUAUCCUUAUUCCGCGGCCGUUGUCCCGCCUGGUGUCUGCUCGCACGCGAAGGCCGUUGUUCGCAUGUCGCCCUGGCUCCUACCGACCGUGUCGCUGACAGCGCUAUUGUCGGUUGAGAUGCGAUAGCAACAGAUACAGUUCCC